UCCCUCUGAGCUCUGACCUCUGAUGUCCGCGUUACUUCCGCAUUUCGCUCACCUGUUACACCUGUAUUACAGCGCUGUACUGUAGGUGCGACUCCAGCUCUGCCGGUGCACCUGUUGCAUUAUUGUGCCAUGACAGAGGAGCUCACAGAGUGCGAUCUAACAUGCUCGUCUUCCUCGGAUGACCCAGAGGAGACUUUUAACGGUGUGAAAACCGGGGAGAUGGAUUGUGAGCAGCCUAUUUUCUCCGUGUUGAGCGGCGGUGUGAAGCAGCAGCAAGCGGGGGACACGAGCUCCUGCGGCGGCGGUGAAGCGACCUCACCUGCUUCUGCGAGCACUACCGACACCGAGUCCGGCAUCUUCUCUGGUGAAUGUGAGCUUUGUGUGGCGCAUGAGUCCGAGCUGGACUGGUUCUGUGGCACCGAGCAGAAACUUAUCUGCUCUCACUGCGCUAUCGUGGGCCCCUGUCACGGACACACUGUGACCCCUCUGGCCACCAGAGUAACCGCAGUCAGGAACCAACUGGUGGAUGUGUGUGAGAAAAUACAGCUGCAGGCACUGAGGAUUGAGAGGUUUAUCGACCAGACACUGACAGCCAAAGAGCAAAUGCUUCAGGCAGCGGCGAGCAGGGCGAGGGAGCAGGUGCUGGCACAGGUCAGCGCAGCACGUGAAGCCCUGGAGGAGGAGGAGCAGCGUCUCUUGGAGGAGGUGCAGAGGGAGGAGGAGCGGGUGGAGCAGUGUCUCCUCACCCAGAGAGCCCACUGGAGCCAGGCUUUGGCGAGUCUGUCGCAAACACGCUCCCACCUGGUGCACACGCUGACACACACUCAAGACGCGCAGCUGGCGACUAGUGUCCAGGAGAUAGCUGAAAGGGUGGAGGAAGCAGAAGGGGUCGGGGAGCCCUGUGACACAGACCAGCUCAACCUGAACCCAGGCUGUAGUGACAGCAAGCUACUGAGAGGUCUGUGGGUCACUGCAGUACUGCUGGGGCCAAACGCGUACGGAUCAUCUUUUUUAAAGUUUGAUGAGCGCACAGUGAGCCCUCUCCUGUCCCUGUCUGACGACUCCUGCACUUUGACCUUCCUGCACAAAAAAGCUCGCCAAUCCCCACAAUACGACCCGGCACGAUUCGACUGCUUGCCGAACGCGCUGGGUUCACUGUCUAUGUCCUCUGGCACCCACAGCUGGGUGGUGGAUGUAGGCCAGAGUGCUGCCUUUAAGGUCGGGGUCUGCUACACCUCUCUGGAGCGCAAAGGCUCUGGGAACGAGGCCCGGCUGGGCAACAACAGUCAGUCUUGGGUGCUGUCUCACUACGACGGGGACUACACCUUUUGCCACGCGGGGAAGAAGGUGCCACUGCAGGUCGUGAGGAAACCCAAGAGGAUCGGCCUGCUGCUGGACUGGCUGAGUCAGACGCUGAUGUUUUACGAGCUGGACUCCAGUGCCGUGCUGUACUCUCUCAAACAUCCCUUCAGUGCCCCGCUGCUGCCAGCGUGUGCCGUGGCUGACCGCAGCAUCACCAUACUGCACUGACAGAACGCCCAAAAAACUAAAUGAACAAAUAAACUCACACAUGUGAAACAAUGCCAACGGGAGACAACUUUCUCUAAUGUAAAUAUGAUCAGCAGCUAAAGAUCCUCCAUCUAUUUAUUCUGUUAGCUAUUCUAUUAGUAGCUGCCCAUUCUUUUUUACUGUUUCUAAUGAUUUAAUAGAUUUAAAUUUCUUUAUCUGUUGAUCAUAUUAUAUAGUAGUGCUAUAACAGUAUUUUGUUUGACUGACAAUGAUUGUUUUUUUAAAAUGAAAUUUGCUGUUUGUUUUUAAAAUUAAAUGUUUUUAUCAUCAGUUUGAUCCAAGACUCUUUAUAGAAAAUAUUAAUUAUACUGGUUAAUCCAGGACUGUUUUAAAUGUUGUGUUGCAAAGAAACUCACUAGAGAUAAUUUUGCUUUGUGAUAUGCUCAGUAAACCAAUUAUUACCGUUUGACUGUUAUAUUUUAUGAUUGUGUAAUAGACAGUCCCAUGAAUGCACAAGGUAUAAUUUUGAAAUUUCCUUUGCUGUAACAUAUUUUCAGAGCUGAAAAGCUGAAAAGAGUUUGUCCUUUCAUGUCACAGCAGGAUUUUGUUUUGUGUGCAUUUGUCAAUGUAGUACAGUACAGUUAUACAUUACGAUACCAGUUGUCCUGCAGGGACUCAGCAGAAAGAUAAGAUAUGUUAACAAAAUGAGUGUAACUCAAAAACACUAAUCAUUCUUGCUCAGAGUUUUGUGUUAACUUCUGUGAGACAGUUGAUGUUUCCUAUUUCCAUUAGAAACAUUCUUAGAGAGAGGAUAAAGGCCAGUUUUAAACUUUUAAAUUUAGCAAUGUAGCUCAACUCUGUGAUGUGACGAUCAUAUGUGUGAGUCCAAAAAACUGUAACUGUGAUUUAUAUCUCUCAAAGGACAUGCAACAACAUCUCUGCUAUCUGCUCCCUUUAAAAUGUCUUCUUUAUUACAUUAGGAAAAGGGGCUUUGAGCCCAAAUCUGAGGAAGAGCCAAUUCUGGAAUCAAGGUCAUAAUAUGAAGCAGAGCAGAUGUGAACACUGCUGCUACUUCUCAGAAGUUCGGGCUGAAAACCACUAGAGGGCAGCAAUGUCAAAUUAAGCCUUCACAACCAACAUCACAAACCUGCAACAGUGUGCUCCUGAUGAUGCAUGUCACAUCAGAAAAGUGAAAAUAAAAUUCCAGGACCGCGGACAGCUACAGGGACUGACUUACAAUCAGACCAAACCUCAGCAAACUUUAAACUGACCACAUAUAUGGUUGAAUAAAUGUUUGUGAAUUUAAAUAACACCAAAGGAAACUGACAUUUAGCUUUGACAUCAGCAAGAGACAAAGACUAGAUGCACUCAUAUUUAAUUUUAGGGUUAGGGAACUAACAAUGAAAGCAACACGCUCAUCGUAAUUAGUGUGAAGUGACCUGAGACACUGUGUUCCUCUGAUAGCAGACACAACAUAUGAGAGGAGGGCAGUAGGCAAUGAGAUAAAACUGAGGGAAAAGGAAAAACUAAAUCAAGUAGUGACUUCACUGACUCCUCAUCAGUGAUAUUUAUAUCCAAAUAAAGUAUUGUUUUUAGCACUAAUGACCAUUAACUGUAAAGUACACUGCAGCCCUGCAGAAAAAGUGUCCUGCUUAUUACGUCCUUUGUAAAUGAGCAUUUUAAGACAAAUAUAUUGUCAUGAUGUCUAAGAAAUGUUGUGUUACUAUUCAGAGAUAAUUGAUUUGAGUAGCUUCAGGAUGUUUAAGUUAUAUAUUAAGACUUAAAGGGUGGAUACCCCAGGAUGUAGUAAUUCCAGAUAUUUCUUGUGAUUUCAGUACUAUGUGGUGUAACAUUGUAAUAGCCCAUUCAUGCCCACCAUGCUAUUUCAAAAGAAACAUUGUCUAUGAAAACAUCUUCCUAUAAACACCAUUCAGAUUUGAAUUGUAUUAGGCUUAGUUGAACAUGUCCCAAUUGCUAUAUUAUUAACUCUUUUAGGGCUAGCUUAGUCAUGGUAUACGUAAAAGAACUUUAAGUUAAUUUGGGCCAAUACUAUGGACAACAAUAAAAUAAAUAAAAGUAGAGAUGACA